CUCUGGGAGAGAGAGAGAGAGAGAGAGAGAGAGACGUUCUAGUUUUGUUUCAUCUAUUGUGUUUGUUAAAAAGCCAAUUCUUCUCUUUCUUAUCUGAGCUUUAUUUUUUGGUUAGAUCAUGAGGGUGUUAAAUGUAUCGCCGAUUUUUAGUUUUGCACUGUUUCAACAAGCUGCUUUAGCUUUAGUCCCCUUCUACCGUUUUUACCCUUCGUCUUCACUCGCUUUCUCCUUUGUAUCCUUCCUUUAGCCUUUAUUCCAUCCCACGCGUAAGUGAAGUACUAUUUCCUGGAAACUCUCUUCAUAUUUUGCUCUUCCAAGUCACGUUCCGUGAAAAAUCUGCUUAGUUGACUGAUUUUGAGAUUUUCGUUCUCUUCUUCUUCGAUUUUAAAAUUUAAAUUUCAAAAUGACUAGAUAUUUGAAGAAUUGAAGAUCAGAACAGGCAGCGAAAAACCGUGGCGUUUGUUGAAUAGAAUCUCUGACUAUUUGUAUUUGGUAACUUUGAUCAGAACCGCAUUGCACUAAGCGCCUGCUUAAACCGUUUUUACUGUUUUCUGCAGGUACCAGGUGGUGAAAGGUUGGGGCUUACAUAUUUUUGGCCAGUGCAACAACCGUGUUUUUUAAUCACAUCUAAAUAGUCGUUCAUUUUGGGAAAGCAAGAGUAACUGUGAUUAUUUGACUUGAUCAAGGAGUUUGAUUUUCGUCUUUGACGAUUUGUGUAUCAUGGGUCUGUCGUGAGUAAAUCAGUGUUGGUGGUGGUUUAUAGAAGAACGAAGAAAAGGUGGAGUGCGAAAAAUGGGGGCUGUUAGUGGGGAAGAAGUUAUGAAGAUGGAGAAGGUGCAAAUGCCAAAUGGCCGUGAGGAGAAGAUUCUCGUUUUGGUGAGGUUGAGACCUUUAAGUGAGAAGGAGAUUGUUGCAAAUGAAGUAGCUGAUUGGGAAUGCAUCAAUGACACCACCAUCUUAUAUCGGAACACCCUCCGUGAGGGUUCUACAUUUCCAUCUGCUUAUACAUUUGACAGAGUAUUUCGAGGUGACUGUCCUACAAAAGAAGUGUAUGAAGAUGGAGCCAAGUCAAUUGCUCUUUCAGUUGUUAGUGGUGUUAACACAAGUAUUUUUGCGUAUGGUCAAACAAGCAGUGGAAAGACAUAUACCAUGACUGGAAUAACCGAGUAUAUGGUAGCUGAUAUAUUUGACUAUAUACACAGGCAUGAAGAAAGAGCAUUUGUUUUGAAGUUCUCAGCAAUUGAGAUCUACAAUGAAUCUAUUAGAGAUCUCCUUGGCAAUGAUAAUGCUUCACUUAGGCUGCUAGAUGAUCCAGAGAAAGGAACUAUUGUGGAAAAAGUCACAGAAGAAACUCUUAAGGACUGGAACCAUUUAAAGGAACUCCUUAGCAUUUGUGAAGCUCAAAGACGGAUAGGGGAGACCUUAUUGAAUGAGAAAAGCUCCAGAUCUCAUCAAAUUAUUAGACUGACAAUUGAAAGUUCUGCUCGAGAGUUCCUAGGCAAAGAAAAUUCAGCAACCCUUUCUGCAAGUGUGAAUUUUAUUGAUUUGGCGGGGAGUGAGCGUGCAUCUCAGGCAUUGUCAACUGGUGCCAGAUUGAAAGAAGGUUGUCACAUAAACCGUAGUUUACUGACUCUGAGCACUGUCAUUCGCAAGCUAAGUAAAGGAAGACAUGGACACAUCAAUUAUAGAGACUCUAAGUUGACACGCCUACUUCAGCCUUGCUUGGGUGGUAAUGCUAGAACUGCCAUUAUAUGCACUUUGAGCCCUGCUCGUAGUCAUGUUGAGCAAACCAGAAACACUCUUUUGUUUGCUUGCUGUGCCAAAGAAGUUACAACAAAAGCACAGGUCAACGUGGUCAUGUCUGAUAAGGCAUUGGUUAAGCAUUUGCAAAAAGAAUUGGCUAGAUUGGAAAGUGAGUUGAGAAGUCCAGCGCCUAUUUCAUCAAGUUGUGAUUAUCCUGCAUUGCUGAGAAAGAAAGAUCUUCAGAUCCAGAAGAUGGAGAAAGAGAUUAAGGAAUUAACUAAGCAACGAGAUCUUUUUCAAUCUCGGGUUGAGGAUUUGCUAAAAAUGGUUGGGCAUGACCAAGGCACAAGACAAGAGGCUGCUAUCAAUCAUCAUCCAAAGCACCAAGCAGAUGGUACAUGGGAAGAUUCCAUAUCAGAGUCAUCAGGUGUAGCUGAUUCGCGUCAUAUGGAUGUAAGGGCUAAAAGGUUGAACGGAACUCAUUAUUAUGACACAGAGAGUGGGAGUAAUUCUGAUGAUCUGUACCACCAGGAGAACACCGAAGACCAUUCUUUGUCUGAUUGUGCAUCUUCAACUCUGUCAAUUGGAAAGAAUUUUGUAAGAGGGAAUGUUUUCGAGGAGAAUGCAAAUGAGAUUGCUUCAGAUUCUGAUGAAUACUGCAAGGAAGUUCAGUGUAUUGAGAUAGAAGAGACAGGUGAGGAUAAGAAUGAAUCCCGUAGAUUAUCAAAUACUGACACUGAGGUAAUGCUAGCUUUGACAUAUGAAAAUGGGGAUGCGACAGGUCAGGAAACAAUAUCAAACCCUGUGAAUGGAGAUAGAGAAGUGAGUGAGGUCCAAAACGGUUUUAGAUAUGGUGCCUUGGAGCAGAGACUGAAUAAUGUACAAAAGACCACUGAUUCUCUAGUCAGUCAUCCGGAUCUUGGUGAACAAUCUCCAAGGUCCUUGGCAGCAGAUGUGUCGAGUUCUAGAAACCUGACAUUAGCAAGGAGCUGGAGUUGCAGAGCAAAUCUCAUGGCUGGCUCAUCUACUCCUGGCCUUGAGAAUGGAGAACAAAUUGAGAGCACUCCACCUAAUGGUAUGGAGAAAGACUUUCCUGGAAGACCAGAAGGUUUCCAAAGAAAAUUUUCACUAUUUAAUAAUGGUAAAAACAAUGCAAGUGUAUCAAGAAAUGAUUCUUCAUCUUCUCUGGAGACUGCUUCCAUUAAAACCUCUGCAGAUGAGGAUAUCACUAGCAUUCAUACUUUUGUUGCAGGAUUGGAGAAAAUGGCCAAAAAUCAGGAGACAAGAGUAAAAGCUGAUAACUUUGAAAAGAACGUGAAAGAUGUAGGAUUGGAUCCAAUGCAUGAAGCAUUGGCAACGAAUGAUUGGCCGCUGGUAUUCGAGAGACAGCAAAGAGCUAUAUUUGAACUUUGGCAAAGUUGCAAUGUUUCAUUGAUCCACAGAACAUAUUUCUUCCUGCUCUUUAAAGGCGAUCCAUCAGAUUCUGUUUACAUGGAGGUAGAGCAUCGGAGACUUUUCUUCCUCAAGGAAACAUUUUCUCAAGGAAAUCAGGCUGUGGUAGAUGGUCGAACUCUUACUUUUGUUUCAAGUGUGAAGGCUCUUCAUCGUGAGAGACAGACUCUGAGCAAACUGAUGCGUAAAAGGUUUUCAGAAGAAGAGAGGAUGAAACUCUUCGAGAGGUGGAAUAUUGGAUUGGACUCGAAGCGUAGAAGGCUACAGCUGGCCAACCAAUUGUGGAGUGAUACAAAGGAUAUGAACCACAUCAAAGAGAGUGCAGCCAUUGUCGCGAAGCUGAUCAGGUUCGUGGAGCAGGGGCAAGGCAUCAAGGAAAUGGCUGGACUUAGCUUCACACCCCCUGUCACAAGGCGAAGAUCGUUUGGGUGGAAAAACAGCAUGGCAACCCUUUUGUAAGCUUUGUUUACUCCAAUAUGUAUACAAGUAAUUGAGAGAAUCUGUUAAAUCAGGUAGGUGUAAUAGCAAUUCUUUUGAUGAUUGAAGUUGCAACUGAUUUGUGUGUAUGGACUAUAAUCAUCAUUGUGCUGUGUAAAUCUCUCAUUAUUGGUUUUAGUAACAUGGCUUUCUGGUUUUGGGUCA